AUGUCGAGCAUUCGCACCAUCACAUCUCUCCGUACCACACGGCGGCCCUUGAUCAAGGCGCCUCGCCUUGCUUGCCUCCAGGCUCGCACCAACGUCACAGUACCCUUCAGGUUACCUGCUGCACGCAACGAGCCCAACCCUACUUACAAGGAAGGCUCAGAAGAGCGCACCGAGCUUGUCAAGGUGCUCAAGAGACUCAGAUCUCAGCUUCCUCUCAAGUCUGAAAUCUUCCUCAACGGCACAUCUCAGCCCGCUGCUGAAUCUUGGGAUCAGCCCAUCCCCGCAGAGAAGGACACCGUCUUCACAAACUACCCUCUCAUCUCCAAGGAGCAGGCCUCAGAUGCCAUCACAUCAGCUCUGGAGGCCAAGAAGAUAUGGGAGAAAACUCUCUUUGUCGACCGUGCUUCCAUUUUCCUAAAGGCUGCGGAGCUUGUUGCGGGGAAAUACCGUUAUGAGCUCAUUGCUGCAACCAUGCUCGGCCAGGGCAAGAACAUCUGGCAGGGCGAAGUGGACGCCGCUGCUGAGCUGGCUGACUUCUUCCGUCUCAACUGCAACUAUGCUGCUGAGAUUUUGUCUCGCCAGCCCGAUCGUGGUUCGGACGGCAUGUGGUCCCGCAUGGACUACCGCCCGGUUGAGGGUUUCGUCUACGCUGUUUCUCCCUUCAACUUCACAGCCAUCGGCGGUAACCUAAUUGCUGGGCCUGCUCUGAUGGGUAACGUCGUUCUCUGGAAGCCAUCUCCAUCCAACAUCUACGCUUCCACCCUUGUCUACAAGAUCUUACUGGAGGCUGGUCUCCCCAAGGACGUCAUCCAGUUCAUUCCUGGUGACCCAGAGGUCAUCAACGAUGUCGUUUUCGCCCACCGCGACUUUGCUGGUAUCAACUUUGUUGGUUCCUCGGAUGUUUUCCGCUCGCUCUGUGCUCGCAUUGGUGAGGGAAUUGGCAAAGGCACGUACCGCGAGUUCCCACGCAUGGUCGGUGAGACCAGCGGUAAGAACUUUACUCUCAUCCACCCAACUGGCGAUAUUCCUUCUGCCGUAAAGCACACGAUCCGCGGCUCUUUCGAGUACCAGGGACAGAAGUGCUCUGCCACCUCCCGUCUCUACCUCCCCGAGUCCCGUUCCAAGGAAUUCCUCGACGCUUUCGUCAAGGAUGUCAACGAGAUCACCAUCGGUAACCCCGACAAGGAUCUCUCUGCAUUCAUGGGCCCUGUCAUCCACGACCGCUCUUUCAACAAGAUCAAGAAGAUCAUUGACGAAUCCAAUGCCGAUCCCUCGCUCAAGUGCAUUGCUGGUGGAACCUACGACGACUCCAAGGGCUACUUUGUCAAGCCUACAGUCUAUCUUUCCGACUCCCCUGACCACAAGCUUUUCAACUACGAGAUCUUUGGUCCUGUCCUUGCUAUCCACGUCUACAAGGACGCUGACUGGAAGGACAUCCUCCAGAAGGUUGACCAGGCCGGUGGCGGCUUCGCCCUGACAGGCUCCGUUUUCGCCAACGACCGCUCUGCUAUCCGCGAAGCCGAGGACACUCUCCGCUACUCCGCCGGCAAUUUCUACAUCAACUGCAAGACAACAGCCGCCCUUAUCGGGCAGCAAUCUUUCGGCGGCUCCCGCGCCUCAGGCACAAACGACAAAGCCGGCUCCUCCAAUCCUGUCCUCCGCUUCACCUCCCCUCGCCUUAUCAAGGAGGAGUUCUUCCCCCAGACCGAGUUCUUGUAUCCCAGCAACAAGCCGGCCGAGAACCGCGAGGACGUCAAGGGCGCCCAGCACUAA